AUGGAAAACGAUACGGAUAACUACAAUGUGUAUGGUGCGUACUUCGCGCCACUCAGGUCCAGUGAUGGCGUCAAAAUGCUGGUCGACGGUCUGGACAGUGACGACUUGGCAGUAAUACCGGAGCAUUGGCUAUCGUUCACUGCACCGCCUGCAAGCGCACACACUGCGCUCGCACUUCUGUACAGCUUUUUCACUGUUGCUGCUUUAAUUGGAAAUGGCCUAGUAAUUUUCAUCUUUGCCACGACCAAAGUCUUAAGGACCUCAAGCAAUUUGCUAAUUCUCAAUUUAGCAAUUUGUGACUUCAUCAUGAUGGCCAAAGCGCCCAUUUUUAUUUACAAUAGCGCCAUGCGUGGCUUCGCUUUAGGAGAUCUCGGUUGCCAGGUAUUUUCUGUCAUGGGCGCAUUUAGCGGGAUUGGUGCAGCGACGACUAAUGCUUGUAUCGCUUAUGACAGACACUCUACAAUUACGCGACCUCUGGACGGGAGAUUGUCUCGCGGGAAAGCUUUGUUAAUGAUAGCUUGUGUGUGGAUCUACGCUACACCAUGGGCCUUGAUGCCAGUAUUUGGAGUGUGGGGUCGAUUUGUUCCUGAGGGAUUCCUAACAUCUUGUACAUUUGACUAUCUCACCAAUACGUUCGACACAAAACUUUUCGUAGCUUGCAUUUUCACCUGCAGUUAUGUAUUCCCUAUGUUACUUAUUAUAUACUUUUAUAGUGGAAUUGUAAAACAAGUCUUUGCUCAUGAAGCAGCGUUAAGGGAACAAGCGAAGAAAAUGAACGUUGAAUCUCUACGAUCGAAUCAAAACGCAUCCGCGGAAUCAGCCGAGAUUCGAAUAGCGAAGGCAGCGCUCACCGUGUGUUUUCUCUUUGUUGCGUCUUGGACUCCCUACGGCGUGAUGUCACUGAUAGGCGCUUUUGGCGAUCAGCGUUUAUUAACGCCUGGUGUAACAAUGAUCCCUGCGGUGGCAUGCAAGACAGUUGCGUGCAUCGAUCCUUGGGUGUACGCCAUUAGUCACCCUAAAUAUAGACAAGAACUACAGCGACGUAUGCCAUGGCUCCAAAUCAACGAGCCAGAUGACAAUGCUUCAACAGGCACUAACAAUACUACAAACUCUUCCACACCAGCCGCUUCAGCC